UUAUCUUGCCGCGUAUUUUUUACAGGCCUUUUUCUAUUUUAAGUAUGAAGUUCAUUGUUCUGUUUUGUUUUUUCGUCUCUGCUUGCCUCGCGUUGGAAAACUCCGUUCACAAAAUGAACGAAAAUGAAACCAGUCGAAAAUUUCGAACAGCGAAAGUUAACCAAUUGUGGGAUAAAGCUAUAAAGUUGAAAUUAUCUUCAGUGAUUUUAAGUGAUCUCUAUGUUGAUUUAAAACACCAUGAUCGUCAACUUAUGGACGCCAAAGUCAGCCAAAUUGACGCGGAAAACCAGAUUUGGGAAGUUUUGAAAGAAGAUUUUACCCGUAUAAUGGUGAGGUAUGGGCUUGCUGGCAGCAGAAGCUUGGACGAAAACACUACAGGCCAACAAAAAUCAAAACAACCAUUCCAGGAUCCUCAGUUAAACAAAUUAUGGUUGAAUACAGCAGCGAGCAAGAAGUUUAAAAAUGAAGAGAUGGAAAAAUUAUUCAUCGAGUUCAAACAUCAUGAGGAUAAAAUAUGGGAACUAAACUCUUUACAUAAAGACCUAGAAAAAAUGAAAGCAAUUUCGGAAAAUUCCGUCGAGCGGUUUCUUGAUUCUGAUGAGGAAAAGAAAAAAGAGAAAUAUGUGGAAGAGCUUCAACAAGAGCUUGAGAAUAGUUUCGAACGUUUGCAUCGAGUAACUUUGAAAUCAACAGAUGAAAAAGUUGAUUUUAUUGAACCACGAGUAGCUGAGUUGUGGGAGAUGGCAAGGAAUGGAAACUUUAGUGAGGAUGGACUUGCUUCUGUAAGGCAAGAACUCCAUCAUUUUGAGAAUCGGAUAACCAAGCACAGGCACUUUCGCGAACAACUGAAAAACUCGGCCGAGAAAUUAGAUUUCCAUGGAGGAGAAUCAGCACCAGAUGAUCGAGUUGUGAAACAUCAGAAGCUUCAGGAUAAAGUACAAGAUCUUGGAAACAAGGUGAAAAAACUUUUUGGUAGUUUGAAAUCAAGAUUAUCGAACGGUGUGAUCACACACAAGGAAUUAUGAUGUCAUAACCGUGUUUAUAUUUCAACAAAUAAAGUGAGUUUCUCGAUAAACUCAGACAUCCCACAAUUUCUAUAAUUGAUCAUUUCUCUUUACUAUGACCAUAUUUGGUUAUGUGAGGAAUUGUGUCACGCUGAAAAUUUAUUACUAAGUUAAAUUUCUUAAAUAUUAUUUCUAAAUAUGAUGCAAACUUGCAGAUGUAAUUAGAACAUCCUAAUAGGUCAAAAUACCAAAAAGUGCUAAUAAAUUGGAGCAGGUUAAGAAUUUACCCAAACUUUUGUUAUAAUUUAUAACAGUACAUCACAUAUCGCCUCAUUUUAUGUUAACUUUUGCUAUAAAUAAACCUUGGUAUUCGCCAACUUUUGUUAUACAUUAAAACACAUUACAUGUUUCUUUUCAUCUUACGAUGUUUUUGAUAGUUUAUUUCAAAUACGAUAAUCAAUCAUAGUGUCAUAACAUUGUCUAAAUAUUUAUGCCGAACUAUAAACAAAAGAUUCUGUUUCUGCUUGGAACUCAUUGAACCAUCUUAAACUUAUCCAUUUCAAUUGAUAGAAUGUACAUUUAUACAAUUUACUACUAACCCAUAAAAGUUUUUCUAAAACCCUGUAUAUUUAAUGCACAUUAAAACUAAGCCAACCAUGAACUGACAUAAUGUACAUUUAUACAACUAACUACUAACCGAUUCUAGUUUUAUAAAACCUGUAUUUGAAUUUCAUGCACAUUAUUUGAGGUACCAUGAAUAAAAGAUUUGUCAUAAA